UAAAUGCAUUAAUGCUCAAGUUUUCCAAUUGGGUUUCCAUUCAUUUAUCAUAUCAAAGCAAUUAAGCUAAUCUGAUGAGCUGUCAAAGAGGCUUUUCACAUUGCAUGUUUUGCUUUAUAUAUCAUCACCCAUAAUAUCACACACCCCCUUCAUUACCAACAUGGAUAUUCAUAGUAAUAAUCAGGGUGAAGGGAUUCUUGAGAAUGUAUGGGCCAAAAUUAUGAGCAGUGAUAAAGCAGAUGAAAGAAAAGGUGGUGAUGAUGGUGCAGAGUCUUGUAACUCUUGGGAAGAACUCCCUGACCUUGAUGGAAGAGAAGGGUCGAUGGAAAUUCUACAGAGACUUCCAAGUUUAGGGAGGUGGAUAUCAAUGGGAGCUGAUUUCUGGGAAGAGGUUUUAGAUGGUAUUGUUGUACCUAACAGAAGCAAUAGAGAAAAUUGUAGCAGUAAGAAUAAGGAAAAUGGAAGAGGUGGUGAAUGUAAUAAGAAGGUGGAAGAUGGUGUGAAGGAAGUUAGAAAACACUACAGAGGAGUUAGGAGAAGGCCUUGGGGUAAAUAUGCUGCAGAGAUUAGAGACUCGUCGAAGAAAGGUGCAAGAGUUUGGCUUGGAACAUUUGAAACCGCUGAAGAAGCUGCUCUGGCUUAUGACAAGGCUGCUUUGAGGAUUAGGGGUCCAAAGGCAUACCUUAAUUUCCCACUCGAGAGGGUUGCAAAGGCUUUAGGAUGUGACAACAAAGAAAAUUUGAUCAAGUCUAGGAAGAGGGGAUCAAUUGAUGAUGAAAUUGAUAUGAUGAAUGAAGAACCUGCAAGAAAAAAGUUGGAAUGCAUGGUAGAAAAUGAACUAGGUGUUUUUGUAUUUCAGGAUCUAGGAAGUGAUUACUUGGACAGUUUGUUGUCCUCUUUUUGACAUUCAUUAGUCUUUGGUGCUCACAUUCAUAUACAUUUGUCGAGUAUUUUGCA